AUGGCUACUUUAGAAGAGAAGCUGGAUAAGAUUCGGUCGCCGAAUCUCCAGAGCCAGCAACAGACCGUCGUCAUUUUGAAGGCGGUCGAUGAGACCCUCGCCGAAGAAAAAACACAACCCACGUCGACAGCCUACUUUGCGGCCCUUCUCGCCCUGCUUAACCAGUCGAUAUCGAGCGGUCAAAUCAACAAAGACCUCACGCCGUCUGUCGUAUAUCUGCUCGACGUUGUCACGCCCUUUGCGCCGCAGCCCCUCCUCCGAUCAAAAUUCACACAGAUUCUUACGCUUCUCGCGCCAGUGCUCCUAUUGCAGGAUGCUGAAGCGCCGCUGCUCAAGCCCUGCAUUGGCUGCCUCGAGUCCCUGUUGAUUGCUCAGGACUCGGCGGCAUGGAAGCUACCUACCAGCGAGAUCGGCCCACGCCGGGCUGUCGCCGGAUUGUUGCACCUUUCCUUGGACCCUCGGCCGAAGGUGCGGAAGCGGGCGCAAGAGGCGCUGCGCAAUGUCCUCAAGAACCCGCCCCCCAGUCCAUCGCUAGAUCAUCCUGCGGCUGAUCUGUGUGCGGAGACGGCUAUGCGUGGCCUGGUCGACUUGGCGAACAAGUCUGCCGAAGCUCGCAAGCAGAAGAAGAACUCGGGCGGAGAACACGAUCCUGCGCUCAUUCACGCUCUGCAGCUCGUCAAGACCAUUGCCUCCGCCAGCGGCGGCUGGCCAAGCAAGAAUAUCGAGGCGCUCUGCGAGCUUCUGCUCAGAAUUGCCAAGAGCGGCAACGAGCACAUGACCAUGGCUGUGUUUGACAUCUUCGAGAUGAUCUUCGAGGGCAUGGCAGCCAACGAGGUCGCUUCGGCCAAGCUGCCCCGUCUCCUCGAGAUCAUUUCUGAAAUGCGCCCCUCCUCAAACGACACACAGCUUCUGCCUCCCUGGAUCGCCAUCCUGUCUCGCGGCUACGAUGUCUCAGCGCAGAUGGAGCCGGAGGACACCUUCCAGAAGCUACCCGAGCUGUUCACCAUGAUCGCGGGCUUUAUGGAGUCAUCAUCACACAACAUUCGUGUAUCAGCAUCCGAGUGCUUGAUCUCAUUUAUGGCCAACUGUAUCCCAGAUCAGGUCAUUCUUGAGCCUUCGAUUUACGACGAGAAGAUCCUCGACAAGAUCGCCAAGGUUGCAGAGAGCUUCCUGAGCGUCAAGUUUCAGGCUGCAUGGAUGGAGACCUUCAACGUCCUAGGCGCCAUGUUUGACGCUCUGAGGUGGAGGGCGAACCCCAUGCUCCUGAAUGUUGCCAGGAACGUCGGCGAUAUCCGUGGCAAUGAUUCAUUCAUGGGAAAGAAGGAGGCCGACGAAGUGAUCGGCAAAGCUAUUCGCGCAAUGGGCCCCGAGGCUGUGCUACAAGUCCUGCCGCUCAACCUCAGCAAGCCAGUAAAGGGUGAGCCGGGCAGAGCCUGGAUGCUCCCCAUCCUCCGCGAUUACACCACAAAUACCGACCUGCAACACUUCAAGUCUGAAUUCGUCCCUCUUAGCCAGGCCAUGUUCCAGAGAGUCCUUGACAACGGAGCGGCGGCAAAGACGAUGGAAAUCAAGAUCUACGAGACGCUCGUACACCAAAUCUGGUCAGUACUGCCUGGAUACUGCGAUCUUCCCUUGGAUUUGAGCACGGCAUUCGAUCAAUCUUUCGCCGAGAUGCUGGCAAACCUGCUCUAUCAGCAAGUAGACCUGCGCCUAGACAUCUGCCGUGGUCUGAAGACUCUGGUAGAGUCGAACCAGGCAGUUGCCGCCUUGGAAGGCGACGAUAACCUCCUCGAGCAGAGCAGGAUCUCCCAGAAAGACGCAAAGAAGAACCUUGCCUACCUUGGAGGAUUCGCCGGCAACUUGCUUGCUGUUCUGUUCAAUGUCUACAGCCAGACCCUGCCCCAAUCGAGAGGCCCUAUUUUGCAAACCAUUAACGCCUACCUGAGCAUCACACCGGAUGCGGAGCUGGUCGAGACCUUUGACCGUGUCAGCCAGAUGCUGUCCGAGUCGUUGACGCAAGCCAGCAACGAAGAAGAAAAGAAGGCCGCGAAGGCCAAGGAUUCAGCACCGUCAACAAGUCAGACCCUGAUGGACCUGGUCAUCACCAUGUCGAUCUAUCUGCCCCGUGAGAGUUUCAGCCCGCUGUUCAACAUAGCGGCUCUUAUCAUUGUCAGAGAUGACGAUCCGCAGCUGCAGAAGAAGGCUUACAAGCUCAUCCCGCGAUUGGCCGAAUCUGAGACCGGCAAGAUCGCACUGCUGGACAGGCACACUGAGCUCCAGGCUCUGCUCUUGUCAAGUGCUGACAAGGUGUCGGUUCCCGCCAGACGUGAGCGUCUUGCUGCUCUUGCGGCACUCGUCCCUUUUAUUCCCGACGACGCGUUGCACUUCAUUCCGGCCGUCCUUUCCGAGGUGGUCAUUUGCUGCAAGGAACAUAACGAGCGCGCGAGGAUGACUGCUUUCGACCUGCUUGUCUUGAUGGGCCAGAGACUAAACGACGCCAAGGGCAACCUCAUCGACAACAGCAAAGUACCACACAUGUCCGAGGACGCGCCCUCGGUCAUCGCCAGCAUCGAGGAGUACUUCACAAUGGUCAGCGCCGGUCUUGCCGGGAGCACGCCGCACAUGAUCUCCGCGACAAUCACAGCCAUCACGCGCAUUCUCUAUGAGUUCCGCGAGGCUGUGAGCGACGAGGUCCUCAGCGAUCUGGUGCAGACCAUGGACCUCUUUCUGACUUCGAACAACCGCGAGAUUGUCGCGAGUGUCCUCGGUUUCGUCAAGGUGUGCGUCAUCAGUCUCCCCGUCGACAUGAUGCUGCCCAGGCUCCCGUCCAUGAUCCCCAACCUCAUGGUCUGGUCGCACGAGCACAAGGGCCACUUCCGGUCCAAGGUCAAGCACAUUCUCGAGAGGCUGGUCCGCCGGUUCGGCUUCGACGCCGUCAACAAGCACUGCCCCGAGGCGGACCGCAAGGUGCUCACCAACAUCCGCAAGACCAAGGAGCGCAGCAAGCGGAAGAAGGAGGCGGCCAGGAACGGCGGCGAGGACGGCGAGGACGACGAGCAGGCCGGCGGCAAGCGCCGCAACCGCUUCGAGAGCGAGUACGACGAGGCGCUGUACAGCAGCGACGACUCCGAGGGCUCCGGCGACGACGAGGACGACGAGCACACCCCUCACCGCAAGGCCCAGAAGGGCGGCAGCACAUACAUCAUGGAGGACGAGGACGAGCCCUUGGAUCUCCUUGACCGCCGGGCGCUGGCGAGCAUCUCGUCGACCAAGCCCGGCAAGCUGCGCAAGUCGGGCCCCGGCGGAAGCAAGACCAAGGCCAAGACGGACCUGGACGGCAAGCUCAUCCUGGGCCAGGACAGCGACGAGGAUGGCGACGACGCCAUGGUCCUCGACACCCCCCGGGAAGGAGGAGAGGAGAGCGGCGUUGGCGCCUAUGUCGCUGCUCUGCGCGGCAAGGACGUCGGCCGCAGAGGUCAGCGUGGCCGCCUAAAGUUCUCCAACAGGCGCGGCCGGGGCGGCGAUGGCGACGACGAGGACGAGGACGACGGCAACAGCAUGGCUGUCGACUCGAAGGACGCGUCGGCCAUCAAGUCCCAGCUCGCGAGGAGCCCCAGAGGCGGCAGCAGCGGUCGCGGCGGCGGUGGCGGUUUCCGUGGCGGGCGUGGCAGUGGACCUCCCCGUGGCGGUGGUAGCCGUGGUGGUUUUGGUGGUGGCCGUGGUGGCGGCGGUGGUUUCGGUGGUGGUGGUCGUGGACGUGGGGGCCAGUCUGGCCGCGGAGGCAUCUCUGCUGGUCGCCGCGGACUGGGCGAGGACAAGAGGCGGACUUCUGGAGGAGGUCCCGGCGGCAGGGUUGGCAAGCCGCAGUUUGGUUCGAGACGGUAA